AUGACACUUCGGGAUAAAAUUGCUGCCACUGUCACUGCCUCCCCGAAAAAAGCAACUAGGAAGGUAGCUGUUACUACAUCGUCUGGUGCUAGAAAGGGAGAACGUGUUCGACGCCGGCUGUUUGAUGACGUAGGAAAGUGCGGGGAAGCGAGUGAUUGGGCAAAUAAUGAAGUACAAUUAUUGGAUAGGGCUCAGGCUAGCGUCUUCGGCUACGACUUCAACAACGACUGUCCAAUUGUUAAUGGAAGUUUGAACGAUUAUGUGUUCGAGGCCGUAGACGAAAGAGAGGCACACUUUUUGAUUGUUUUCCUCUGUGGUUGCAACAAAGCAUCAAAUGCUUUUAGUAUUUACGCAGUGGUUCCGUCUUUUUAUCACGCUAAGAAUGCUUCCUCCUUUGAUCGUCGGAAGCGGAUAGGUCCGCCAAAUGUUUUCACAAAUACGAAGAAGGAAACGUCACCAUUUGUAGUUGUCAUGCCUGUUCACGAUAGCGUUGCUUACAAUACUCGCAGCCAUGAUAUAAUUGCUUUUGGCGACUCUUGUAAUUCGUCAGAGGAAGCAGUCACUUGUUGUAAAUCUCGUUGUUCCCGGAGGGGCAACGAUCGUCAUCAGUGCGAUGCGGAAGCAAACGAUAAAGACUCUAAAGUUGAUCAUUCGAGUGCUGCGAGUCGCAAAAAAACGAUGAAACAACAGACUUUACCUGACUUUCUUCCUGUAGUACGUAAGCGUCAACGCUUGACUGAUAAGAAGGCUAUUAAUGGUAGAUGUCCUGUGGGGAGGCACCUUUCGGCAGGUCGCGCGUUUCGCAGUUGCAAAACGCAAGAGAAUUCAGAUCUCCUGCAGAAUCGAGGGGUUAUAGACACAAAGGGCUGUGACCUCGGCAACCGAAGAGUAACACGAUCUAUGUGUGCUUAA